UUGGAUUUUACUGUUCAUGCGGGAGCAUAUGAGCUCGGGUGCAGAAUGGACUUUUCGUCUGGUACGAUGUUAUCCUAGGUGUAUAUAAUUUGCCUUCCGGGAGAGUAGCCAGGAGAUCAACGCGUGGUAUGCAGCAUUGGGUGGAGGAUUGGAAUCGGAUCCAUGGGGAAGUCGCCGUGCUGCGACAAGGCGAGGGUGAAGCGGGGGGCGUGGUCGCGGGAGGAGGACGCCAUCCUCACCACCUUCGUCGCCAGGUUCGCCAACGCCGGCAACUGGACCACGCUGCCGCACAAGGCAGGGCUUCGCCGCUGCGGCAAGAGCUGCCGCCUACGCUGGCUCAACUACCUCCGCCCGGCGCUCCGGCGCGGCGGCUUCACCGAGGAGGAGGACGGCCUCAUACUGUCCCUCUACGGCCACAUCGGAAGCAAGUGGUCGGCGAUCGCGGCGAAGCUCCCCGGCCGGACGGACAACGACGUCAAGAACCACUGGAGCACCAAGCUCAAGAAGAGGCACGUGAUGCUGAUGAGCACUGCGGCGGCGCCAUCGACUCCUCCAACCGGAGUUGCUCCCCCGGCCACUCCUCCUCCCGCGCUUGUCGAUCUCGAAGCGGCCCUCGCCACGGUCGACGACGGCGGGGAGCUCACGUGCGAAGCGGAGCAGCUCUACGCCGAGCUCAUGGGGCUCAUCGAGCAGCAGCCCACGGGCCACGGCCAGCAGCGCAGCGUCCCUCGUGUCGCCCCCGCCCUGGGCAACUCGGGGGCCUCCAACCCUAGGCACCGCCGCCGCCCUCUCCUUCUCCCCUCCUCGCGUCGCCGCCGGGUGAAGACGGCGGCGGCGGGGGGACUCCCUCUCCCGACUCCCCUUCCUCCACGGGCGGCGGAUCUAGGUGGCAGGCGGCGGUGUCCUGCGGCGCUCGCGGUUUGGCGCGAGGUGGCAGGCCUCGGCGAGCGGUGGCGGGGCGCGAGGCACGCGGCGGCGAGCCUCGGCAGGCGGUGGCGGCUGCGCGCGGGGCUGACUCGGGGGCGGCGGCGCGGGCAUGGAUUCAUCGCGGAUCUGACCCCCUGUGGGCGUGGCCUCGGCCUCCCCUGCUCGACCGGCGGGUCUCGGUGGGGGGGCUUCUCCCUGCUGAGAUCUGGCUUGCAGGAUCUUCCAGAUCCCGGCAAGGAUGGCGGCGACCCGUGCACGAGAGAUGGAGGUCUUCGAUCAGAUUUGGAUGAAAACCUGCUAUUGGCUAUUGCCAAGGCCGGCGAUGGCGACGCUGUCUGCGUCGUUCCCUUCCUGAAGGCAUCGCCGUGA